AUGUCGACCGAGACAACCAAACCCAAGGAACCCACUGAUGCGGCAUUGGCAUGCCCGGACAGAGAAGCUCCCGCGCCUCCUAUUCCCCCCCGUGGCGUUCGCACUAAUACCGCUGAUAGCAAAGCCUCGGUCAACAGCAAGUUCACGGAGGUCAUCUCGCCCUCUAACUCGCUGCUCGGACACCCGAAGUCGACGCCGCCACCAACCUUUGAGGACCUCCAACCGGCGCUGGACAAGAUCCCAAAUAGAGAAGUAGUCCCUUUGAUUGAGCGCACGGCUGGACCCCCCCAGGUUCGCCUGGAUGAAAGAAUUGCUGACGGCUCAAGUCUUUUCGGAACUCAAGAGAACCAAUCCUUGUUUGAGAUCGGUAGAUAUCGUUCAUCUAUCGCAGGAUACAUCGUUCCAACCUACGUCCUUCCCGGCAAUGCUUUUCGCACCGCACUCAAAGACCAGAGCCCGAAGGAUGAAGUCAGGCUCGAGUACGAUAAUCUCUGGAUUCAGCUUCAGUUCUUCUGGGACACAAUGAUGCGCAUGCAGCCGAAUCCCGUCACCAGCGACAUUCAAGAGAUCGGGCACGCCGUCGAUCUCAUGGCCGACGUGACGGUUGGACGGCUCAUUGCCGAUAUCCGACCUGGCUACCCGCCAGAGCUCUCUCUCCGCAACAUCAAGGAGCUGAGACGCCGUCUACAGAGACUUGAGUUCGUUGUCAGAUCCGCCGUCAAUUCCUGCGGCAAGGGUCCCAAGAUGUACUGCGGAUGUGCCAUCGGCCUGAAGCGGUACAAGAACAAGACCAGCCUUUGGGCACGCCUCUUCGGGACCCAGGGAGAAGAACCCCAGAUUCCUAAGACCCGGGAGUUCCGGGUUCGGGAUAUCGCUCGCCUCCUGCGCUUGGAGGACUUCCUGACGCAUGUGUCGCGGGAGUUCCAGCGCCAGCUCGGCGUGGUGCCCGAGCCGGAGAGCCUCGUCCUCACAACCAUGAGCUUCAUGGACGAGGAAAUCACCGCCUGUGUCUCGAACAAGGGAAUCACCAACAUUUUGGAUCUGAAGCAUGCCUGGGUUGACAUGAUGUGCUCGCCCAAGUUCCGUCGCGCCGUGGUGAAGGAAGUGCAAGACGUGGUCAACGAUGCCAUCUCCUUCAAGAAGAAGUACGGCCAUGCUGGUCACCGCGACGGCUGCGACCAGAAGGUGGUCAAGUCCAUGAGCUUUGUUCGACAGCUCUCGGGACGGACUCAGUUGGGAGAGAGUUCUGGGUCUCGGGGCAAAUUGAUUUCGAGCCCGCUGCGGACUUUUUUUCACAAGUCGUGAGGAAGUGCGGUUCUGGAUAGGGCGAUACUCUAGAAUGGGUGAUACUCUAGAAUGGGUGACACUCUAGAA